UCUCUUUUGAUUUGAGCAGCGUGGGGAUGCGCCACACAGUCCCACUAUAUUGCAAGCUUUCCCGUUAGUAGUGCAUCAUCGGCUGCACCUGCUUACUCCGUUGUUGUGGAGCUGGAUCUCUGGGAGGGGUCUUUAUUUCGUUGGGAGCUUUUUUUGUUUUAAAACAAGAUUUUUAUUUUCCUCCGGAGAGAAAUAAGAGAAGCAAUUCAGCACCACACGAUUGAGGAGAGCGUUGAGAUUUGAGGCAAUUUUGUGGGAAUACACUGCGAACCUUUUACAUACUUUGUGGACCUUUCAUUCGAGGUUGAAGCAGAGACCAUGACGACAGCCACUUCCCCAAUCUUGUUGAAAUGGGACCCUAAGAGUCUUGAAAUCCGCACACUGACUGUGGAGCGACUUCUGGAACCCCUUGUUACACAGGUGACAACCUUAGUAAACACGAGCAACAAAGGGCCGUCCAGUAAGAAGAAGGGGCGCUCCAAGAAGGCUCAUGUCCUGGCAGUCUCUGUUGAACAGGCCACUCAAAACUUUUUGGAGAAAGGGGAGCAGAUUGCCAAAGACAGCCAGGAUCUCAAGGAGGAGCUCAUUGCUGCUGUAGAUGAUGUCCGUAAGCAAGGAGAGACAAUGCGUAUUGCCUCCUCAGAAUUUGCUGAUGACCCGUGCUCCUCUGUGAAACGUGGCACCAUGGUGAGGGCUGCCCGAGCCCUGCUCUCUGCUGUUACGCGCCUGCUCAUCCUCGCCGACAUGGCCGACGUCAUGAGGCUGCUGGCCCACCUUAAAAUUGUGGAGGAGGCCUUGGAGGGAGUAAAGAAUGCAACCAACGAGCAGGACCUGGCAAACCGCUUCAAAGAAUUUGGAAAGGAGAUGGUGAAGCUUAAUUAUGUAGCAGCCCGGAGACAGCAGGAGCUAAAGGACCCCCAGUGUCGAGACGAGAUGGCGGCUGCACGCGGGGCUCUGAAGAAAAACGCCACCAUGCUGUACACUGCCUCGCAGGCCUUCCUGCGCCACCCAGACGUGGCGGCCACACGGGCCAACCGAGACUACGUGUUCAAGCAAGUGCAGGAGGCCAUCGGGGGCAUCUCCAGUGCUUCUCAGGCCACCUCCCCAACUGACGAGAAGCACACCCACGCUGGCAUCGGGGAACUGGCUGCUGCCCUCAAUGAGUUUGAUAACAAAAUAAUCCUGGACCCUCUGACAUUCAGCGAGGCUCGCUUCCGACCCUCUCUCGAGGAGCGCUUGGAGAGCAUCAUCAGUGGCGCCGCAUUAAUGGCCGACUCUUCGUGCACACGUGAUGACCGACGUGAACGCAUCGUGGCUGAGUGCAACGCUGUCCGACAGGCCCUGCAAGACUUGUUGAGCGAGUACAUGAACAAUGUAAGUCCCAUUUUCAACUAUUCGCAUAUCACAUUGUUUAUCUUUUAUAAGAUGGCACUAAUUUAUGUUGUGAUAUCGUGGUUGGUGCGAUAAGGUAAGAACACACAGAAACGUGGUUGGAUUGGUGGGUAAUUAUUUUAGAUAUCCUUUUUAACCUCUUUUGAGUCAUUACUCAGAGCAGAAUCUCAUACUUUUCCAACACUGAAGCAAACUCAAUUCCGUCUAAAUUCUUCUAAGAUGUUAGUUUCAACAAGCAGUUCUGACAAGUUUGCUCACAACUAAUGUAGCCAGUAUUUCUGCCUCCUUCCACAUCAUUCAUCGUUGUUAUUUAUUGUAGCAAAAUGUUGCCUAAACAUGGGGUCUGUAUCCAAAAUCAGCCAGUUUAUAUUUGGUCACAAAUUGUGAGUUAAGCAAUCUGCAGUAUGCUAGGCCAUUGAUCCUCAUGGAUUUUUGAUUUGUGUUUGUCUUAAGUGGUCUUUAACAUUGCUUUAAAUUGUGUAAAUGUCAAGGUUGUGGCAAUCGAUAGAUUAUAUAAUUGAGUAAGUUUGGUUCCCAUGGAGGAAUCGCAUGUUGACCUGUAUGAAUUAUAGAUCAAGCCUCACUGUGUUUGAACCUCAGACAGAGAAACAGUGCACACCCCAUAUCUGAUGAGUUUUGUGUGUGCUUAUGUAUUUCACAGCACACUUAUUGUGAUACAUUGAUAUCUAUAGAGGACUCAAGGGCUGUUUGCACCAGCUGGCAUACGGUAUUUUAUUCAUGGGUAGUACGCUCACAAAUUGUCCUCACAUGCCCUGUUACAUGCAGGCAGACAUCACAUAUUAUACCUAGGAAGUUUGCUUGCAUGAGAUGCUGCUGUGAAGUCAAAUGUGUGAGAUUGUCACAAAUCCCUGUCGGUGUCUUAUUGUUAUGCCAUUCAUCGCAAUCCUUACAUGAACUUUGAAUGCUUCUCCGCCUCAAUGGAUAUCAAUCUCCUAGGCCGGGGGCAAGUCUGAAGAAAUAUUCACCACCAUACAUUCAAUCUAAAGGGGCCCCUGAAUGGUGUCCCAGUAGAUUUGAGGAAGCUAUUUCUUUUUGUAUGGAGGGACUCCCAGAGGGGUAUAUAUAUUGAGUUCGGUUUUGAAAGCAGUGCUUCCAUUAGAUCGGAGUCAGUCAUGUGGUUCAGCGGAAAUGCUGUUAGAAUGCCUGAUUCAGCAUUCUCUCGGUUAAGCCUGAAUUAUGCUCCGAUGUUAUGGCGCACGAGUCAGCUACGUGGGCUGGCUCCUCCCUCUACAAACCCUCCCGCAGAGCUUGACGUGCACGUCCAAAAACUUCUUACACAAACCGCAGAACUGUGAUUGUUUGGCUUUUUUCUUUUUUGGUACAUCUGUACCAUUUUUUCCCUUCCAAAAGGUCCGUCAAAACAAAAGAAACAAUUAAUUGAGGAACAUCUCGUAGAAGAAAUAAGCAAUAUGCAAAUAUGAGCAGUCCGAUGAAUGUGAUAUAAAUAUGAGCAACAUAUACAAUAAAAGCGACUGAUGUUCCAUAUUGAUAAGUUCCAGCUGCAACAAAGAUCUGGACGUCAGCCUCUUCGAAAGCUAAAUCGUUAGCCAAAGAUUUUUUUUUUGCUGGAGAAUUGCAAGUCACGAACGGCUAUAAACGAAUCGAGACGCCAUCAGAAGGAUUGAGUAGUGACGGCGCUGAAGCAUAAUUCAGGCUUUAGUUCAGGGGUGGGCAACUGUUACUAUCAAAAGAGCCAUUUUGCCCCCUCACCCACUGAAGGGAAAUUGUCUGGAGCUGCAAAGCAUAACAGCUUAUAAACUUUUAAAAGUUUUAAUCUUUCUUAAUUUUACCUGCUACAACAGAAUAAACAUACAAGAGUGCAGUAUGCAUGUACUGUAUAACGGAUGCCAACUAGUGGGGCUGUGAAAGCAUUUUGGUUAAACCUCACUACCUGACGCCUCAAAAAAUGUGCAGCACAGUAGGGGAGGAAGACGUCUCUGUCAUGUCUCAAAAACCGCAGGCAGGCAAAAACCGGCUCCCCAUCCCAUCCUCAUGCUCAUCCAAUCAUAAUGUCAGAACUCAGCCGUGAUGCAUUCACAGUCUUACAGGAAGUCAGAUAUUUUUAACUCUUUUCUAAAUUGUGCGUUUUCCUCACUUGUGUGUUAAAAAAAAAAACAUUCGAGCAUUGCGAAGGGAGCCACAACGAGGAGGGUAAAGAGCCGCAUGCGUGUUGCCAACCCCUGCUUCGAUCAUAUUGUGUUGGAAACUAUUACAAACGUUAGGAAAGUAAUGUAAAACUGUAUGAAAUUAACUGAGUACUAUUUUCUUAAAAUGAUUCCUUCACUUGCGAGUCAAAUUAGCGCCCUGAAAUCUCUUUUAAUCAACCUCUUGUUUGGUGUAGUGUUCUUUUUUUUGCUGGUGAAAACAGUAAUCAACCAAACCAACCUGUCUGAGACCGCUGCGGACAGCAGUGGCCAAUUUUAUUUCCCAUUGAUGGCCGCGCACGAAAAAAUCAGAGGAUGUAAAAGUAACAUCAGGUCAUCAACAUUUUGACUCUUGUGUCAUUACAUUGUCUUCUUACCCUUUUUUAAUUUUUCCUGUUGUUUUCGAUUUCCUGCUUUAAUUGUAUUUUUAGAAUGUGCCGUGGGCCAAUAAAUAAAAAUGAGCUGCGGGCUGCAAAUGACCCCUGUGCCACACUUUGGACACCCUUGACCUAGAUAUUAACAAUUCCAAACACACUCGGCCAGUUUGAAGUGGUAAAUCGACCAGUCGCGUUUGACCCUCAUCAUACUGAGGCAACUACAGGGAGUAAACAGUUGAGGCAUUUGAGUGACCCAACAGGCCUUUGCUUUAGCAUGUAUGCAGUUAGCACAUUGUCUAACGGUAGCACAUCAUGUUUCUGUCAUGUGAAGAUGGAUUAUUUGCUCGCAAGUGCAUUAGGCUACUUUCUGAUGUACUCUAGCCUGAUGGAUUAUUGAGAAGUUGUCCAGAAAGAACACAUUUUCCCCAUGGUAUGCUUUCAUUCAUUCAUUUCCCAUACCGCUUGUCAACAGCCAUUCACAGUCACAUUCACACCUAUGGAUAUUUUAGUGUUUCUAUUUAACAUGACAUGCAUAUUGUUGGGAUGUGGGGGGAAGCCUAAGUACCCGGAGAAAACCCAUGCACGGAACUCGACUGCGAGAUUCACAGGCUAACCACGAGGACACGGCGCAUCCCCCUUGUUAUGCAUCAUUUUGCUCAAGUAUCGUUGAUACUGAUCUCACAUGUUUUGUGUAAUGCAUUUUGGUUGGCUAGAGAGCGGCACGCUACUUUUACAAGCCCAUGCAGUUGAUUUUGGAACAGACAAAGCGAACUACAGGUGUGAAAGCACACUUAGUGUCAUAACCCAGUACUCCACUUGUCUGCGCUGUACGUGCAUUGUACAGGAUGGGAUCGAGACUGGAGUCCAGCUGCCUGCCACUCUUGAUAUAAUAAUCAGGCUGCAUGACAGACUACUUAAGAUGCUGGUGGGAAAAAAAAAAAAAAAAAAAAAAAAAAAAAAAAAAAAAAAAAAAAAAAAAAAACAUAAACAAAA